CCGCGCGCAGCACCAAAGCGCGGAACCCGAUCUGGGACCAGGGUGCGGGCGCGCGCCUCGCUGCCUGCUGAGGCCCCGCCCCCAGGCUGGAGCAGGGGCGGAGGGUAACCUGAACGGGCCGGACUGCGGUCUGCCAGUGGCCUGUGCACAGCGGCGGCCCCCGGAAGGUGCCAGUGCCCCCAGAUUUUCCGCGUGCUGGUUGCGAGGAUCUGAGCUGAUCGCACUGACUGACGGCUUGCACUGAAUGCUGCUCGUGCCCUCUGGAUUACCAGGGGCGAAGUGGUGCCUGCCUGGGACUUCGGAACGCUACGGCGCCCAGAAAGUGGAAGUAAUUUGAAAGCACGUUAUGAAAACAUUUGUUGUUGGAAUUAGUGGUGUGACAAAUGGUGGGAAGACAACCCUGGCCAAAAAACUCCAAAAACAGCUUCCAAAUUGCAGCGUCAUCUCACAAGACGAUUAUUUUAAGCCAGAGUCUGAGAUUAAGAUAGAUGAGAAUGGAUUUCUACAAUAUGAUGAACUUGAAGCUCUCAAUAUGGAAACACUGAUGUCUGCUGUCUACUCCCAGAUGAAAAACCCAAGAAAUUCCCUAGAAUCAGAUGACCUGGAAAGUGCUGAGGAAGUCCCUAUUUUAAUCAUUGAAGGUUUCCUUCUCUAUACUUAUAAGCCUCUUGAUUCUGUAUGGAAUAGAAGAUAUUUUCUGACCAUUCCAUAUGAAGAGUGCAAGCGAAGAAGAAGCACCAGGGUCUAUGAACCACCAGAUCCUCCAGGAUACUUUGACGGGCAUGUGUGGCCAAUGUAUUUAAAACACAGAAAAGAAAUAGAAGACAUUGCAAGAAAUAUAGUUUAUUUAGAUGGGACAAAAUCUGAGGAAGACCUUUUUUCACGGAUCUAUAAUGACUUGAUAGAAGAAAGAGCAAAGCAGAAAUGUCUGCAGAUAACUCCCAAGGUGCCUUCCAACUCAACAUCUAGGGUCCUAUGAGUAGCAUCGAGAGGGGAUCCAUCAGAAUUCUUUCCAGUGUGGAUUAGAAGAGUCUAAAGAAGCUAUUCAGUCACAUAACCAAGAGAAUGAUACCCGAAAUCACCACUGUAGUGUAAAGGAAAACAAUACUAGAAGACUUCAGAUUACUCUAAUAACCAAUCUUGAUUCCAGAAAACUGAGGAUGAGAUAUGUUUCUCUCCUCUUGGGAGAGAGAUGAUGGACUAAAGGUGUGAAAAGCAUCAUAUCUGUAUGUGCCAUGAUCUGAUGGUCAGUGUUUUUUGUGGGGAUCAGGGUGAGCAGGAGCUUGCUCAAUUACUUUUUUUUUAAUGGGAGAAGGUUGCAUGGGAGCAUUAGGAAGUGACAAGGAUGUAGAAAAAAAUUAAAAAUACUGGUAAGACAUUGAAA